AUGGAGGAAAGCUCCAGUCGCCCGCGGGCGCUCUGCUGCAUAUGGGGAGAGCUGCGCGGCAUCCUGGUGACCUUGGAGAAUCUCCUUGGCCAAGUGCUCGAGCCAAUGGGUGCAGACCUGUUGGUCGUGGCACAGCGCGCGCUCGAGGACGAUCAGCAGCGAUGUCAGGCUCUCCGCGACAGUCUCGGGGACCGUUUGCUGUCUGCAGAGCUCUACGACAAGCCGGAUCCCGAGAUCUUCUUUGGCGACGGCAACUUCGAAGACAUGUCCAAGAUCAGAGGAAACUGGAUCAAUGCUGGGAACACGCAGGUUCUCAUCAAUCAUAAGAUUAUCGCUGACCAGCUUUCGUCGAAGGGGCUGGUUGAUCUCUACGAUCUCUUCAUGUUCACAAGGUCGGACUUCAUGCAUCUCAUCCCUUUUCCGCCAGCCGGGGAUCUUCUGCGGUGCGUGGGGCGUGGUGAUGUGCUGACGCAAGCUGGGCACGAGUUUGGAGGAGUAAACUACAACCUGGCCAUCGCCAGAGCUGACACGGCCCUUCGAUACCUCCUCGCCCCCUACGAGACGAUCGUGAGCCGGUCUUUGCCCAACCGCCAAAAGACCUACAACAUCGAGCUGUUCUGGCGUGUCAUUUUUGGUCAGAAGUCGCUCCGAAAUCUCCGGAUGCCCAUCACCUGCUUCGUGACUGCCGAGUCGACGGACGAUCGGACGUCCUGGCGGAAGAUCCAGUACUCAGAGGAGCACCAAGUGCUGUUCAAGUACGAGGUGCAGAUGGGAGAAGCCUUCAGCAACCAGAGCGCUUGGAAUCGCCGCCCUGAGUGGACGAUUCUUCGACCUCCUCUCGGCCUGCAGGUGACGGAGGCCCAUGGCCAAGCACGUCGGCUGUUCGGCUUGCAGCUGGCCGAGAAGGUGCCAGAGCGUGCGGCACAGGCCGCCACCGGAUCCAAGCGGGAGGCUGCAGGGAGAAAGAAGGCCGGCGCGGCCGGCGCGGAACCUCUGCAGAUCCCGACCCAGGAGGAGGCAGUCGAGGAGGACGUUGAAGACGCGGACGUGGAGAAGGACGGGCCUGCCGAUGCGGAAGUGGCCUCGGAGGAAGUGGUCCGCUUCCAUGGCGCGCCGAGGAAGGGGUGGGACCGCUACUUUCGAGGAAUGCACUGCAACGCAAGGAAUGUCAUCACUUGGAAGGGUCGGGGAACCUUGCCGGAGCCCCCGAAGACAGGGCCGAGCUGUUCCGGCUGCUGGCUGCUGCCCACCAGUGACGAGGCAGCUGUUGCAGUCGCUCAACAGCAAGACGCUUUGCGGAACAUGGGCUGGCGAAUUGUGACCUCGGAGGUGGAGGUUCUACGAGACCUUGGCAACAAAGUGCGUCUGCAGGACUUUGCUAAGGCAUAUGGACUCUCGGGCUACUUGCCAAGACGCUUCGACUCCCCUGCGAGCGCCAGCUACCCCUGCAUUCUCAAGCAGGCCUUCGGCGAGUUUGGCAAGGAGUGCCGGAUUGUGCAUUCGCCGGAAGAAGCACAGCAGGUCGCCCCACACGGCCUGGGCACGCGCUGGGUGAUGCAGGAACUGAUUCGUGGGCGUUUCGAGGUGUCCACCACGGUACUGGUGGACUCUGGUCAGAUCCUGGAUGAGAUCAGCAGCUGCUACGAAUACGACUCUGAUACCUACGUUUGGCCGCGCUGCCGCCGUGUGAGCAAACAUCUGCACUCUGUGCCGGAGGAGCACAUGCUCGUUUUCCAAGAGUUUCUGCGGCAGUACCGCGGCAUCUGCAAUUUCAACUACAAGGUCCGUGAGUCGGGUCAGCUGAGCAUCUUUGAGCUGAACACCCGAAUAGGGGGUGAUUUGGCCGUGGAUGCUCCGCGUGAUCGCGCACGAGCGCUGCUGGAAAAGCUCGACGAGCACUUCAACUCGAUGCCCAAGUAUGGCUUCGAUCCAAGCAAAAUUCUCGAGCUUGACACGAACGAGUGCGUCCAAAACUACGAGAACGAGUUCCUAGGCCCCGCUACCACCGAAUCUGCAUUCUCGGUGCCGCUGCUCCACCUACUGCUUGCAAGAGAGAUGAGCAUGGCUCAGCGCGCGGCUUGCGGAAUGAGCUCCCGACUGGGAGCCUUCCUCUAG